UGUUCGCUGAAAGCACUGGAAACUGUGACCUAACGCCGCCAUCUUGGCUCGAAAUCUCCUCUCUUUCGCCGCUCCCUCGCAUUGCUAUUUGAGCCUUAAUGGUUUCCGUUGCGCCGGGAUCUCGUAGGCAUUAUGGGAUAAGGGCGAAAUUGUAGCGGUUUCCGGAUUCCCUGGAUUGGCCUGCUGGGAAGAAAGAAAACAAGGGUGGUGGGGAAAAAAACCUCCAGGUUUUUGAGUUGUAUCACGCGUUUAUACCAGUUGUGUUGUCAGACGGAAACAAAAUGUCGCAGUCUGGAGAAAAAGGAAAGUUCCCUGAUGCUGCAGGAUAUGUGGGAUUUGCCAACCUGCCCAAUCAGGUUCACAGGAAGUCUGUGAAGAAAGGCUUUGAGUUUACACUGAUGGUAGUCGGAGAGUCUGGUCUUGGUAAAUCAACCCUGAUCAACAGCCUCUUCCUGACUGACCUUUACCCAGAGCGCCAUAUACCUGGAGCGGCAGAGAAGAUUGAGCGCACGGUCCAGAUUGAAGCGUCCACGGUGGAAAUCGAGGAGAGGGGUGUGAAGCUCCGCCUCACUGUGGUGGACACGCCCGGAUACGGAGACGCCAUCAACAGCCAGGACUGCUUUAAGACGAUCAUCCAGUAUAUUGAUAAUCAGUUUGAGCGAUACCUGCAUGACGAGAGCGGCCUGAACCGCAGACACAUCGUUGACAACAGAGUACACUGCUGCUUUUACUUCAUCUCUCCGUUUGGACACGGCCUGAAGCCUCUGGAUGUUGAGUUUAUGAAGGCGAUCCACAGCAAAGUCAACAUCGUCCCUGUGAUCGCCAAAGCCGACACGCUCACGCUGAGAGAGAGAGACCGUCUCAAGAGAAGGAUUUUGGAUGAGAUCGGUGAGCAUGGGAUCCGGAUCUACCAGCUUCCCGACGCUGAUUCGGACGAGGACGAAGAAUUCAAGGAACAGACACGUGUCCUAAAGGCCAGCAUCCCGUUCGCUGUGAUCGGCUCCAACCAGCUGAUAGAGGUGAAGGGGAAGAAGAUCCGCGGACGGCUGUACCCCUGGGGGGUGGUGGAGGUGGAAAACCCCGAACACAACGACUUCCUCAAACUGCGCACUAUGCUGGUGACUCACAUGCAGGACCUGCAGGAAGUCACUCAAGACCUCCACUAUGAGAACUUCCGUUCAGAAAGACUGAAGCGAGCUGGCAGGGCGGCUGAUGAAGAUGUGAUGGACAAAGACCAGAUCCUCUUGGAGAAGGAAGCUGAGCUGAGACGCAUGCAGCAGAUGAUCGCUCAGAUGCAAGCUCAGAUGAAGAUGAAACCAGGAGAUGACUAAGUGUGUGUGUGUGUGUGUGUGUGUGUGUGUGUGUCUAUUUGUGUCUUGUGGGAACAGGAAGUGCCAUCUGACUGGAGGUUACAUUGUCCUGCCUAUUUCUAAACACUAUAUGCUUGUCCAAUCCCUCAUGUUUAUCAGAUUAAUGGAACGUAAUUUUAAUGUUGUUUAAUUCAUAUAACCAUAUCACUAUCAUAGCUCAACUCAUACGAACAACCUCAACCUGAAACAAACACUUUAAUCCGUCAGGUUAAAUGCUGUUUAUAAUGUAUAUCACCUGUAGCCAAUCAUGGUUUUAUUGGCAAUGUUCAGCAUAUCUGUAGAUUUUUUUUUUUUGGAUUUUCUGUGCCAAACACUCUUUUUAAGCUGCUUUGCUUGUACCAGUCAUGCAUCAGACUGGCAUAUGUUUACCUGAUCACCUCGUCAAUACUUUAAAAAGCAUAUGCAUGGGAUAAAAUAAGAGGACAAUGCACUGGUAGAUGCACCUGGCCAGGUUUACAAUUUUAGAAAAUGUACCUGUUCAUAAUCAUCAUACAUGCACACAGACAUGAAUUAAUAUCAGAGUUUGUUGGAUUGGUGUUUGAAAAAGCGGUCACGUGUUAGCACAUACAAAUUGAAAAGUAUCGCUAACAAAUAAACAUGCUCUCAAAUCAUGUUUCUUUUAAAUGGCAUUGAUUUGAGCUGUGUUUGGCAGCACUUCCCUCUAGUGGACUAUACAGACAAACAACCUAGAAAGCACAUUAAACUACAUUUUGGGUCGUGAAAAUACUAAGACUAAUGGACAAUCUCUUGACAUCCUGUCAAUACUGAUGCAAAAUCUGAUCAGCUUGUUGAAGGGAGAUCAGUUAAUAAAGUGGAGCAGCAAAUACUGUUCACCUUUCUUAUCUGUAGAGUGGAAAUCUGAUAAAAUGACGGUAAAGUUAUCUGUUUAUUGUGGAUGCACGGGUUCAGCUGUUGGUUCAUUUUUUGAUUCACAGAAAUGCCUUAAAACUCCAUUUAGAGACAUUUCUUUUACACUUUUAUUCUUACGGUUUGGGGAUUGUUUUCUAUCACUUUUUCAUUGCUUGACUUUCACUUUAUUUACUACUUAAUCAUUGAUAUCUACCGCAGGGAUCUUUAUAUUUCUUGUUUAACAGCUGGAACAUUUAUAACUGUAUGUUUUAAAGCUCAUCUAAACGGUACAAGGUCUAAGAAAUGGACUGAAACGCACCAUCACUGCCUGCACAUUGAUGUCUGAGUCAUUUCACUGCAUUGUAGGGAGCUAUUUGACUAAUUAUUAAUGUUAUGUCUGCUGUAAACACACUGAUUUUGUUUUGUUGUAUUUGUGGUUCAGCCCACUUAUUUUGAUUGGGUUAUCUCCUGUUUAGGGCUCUUUUAAAGGAUUAACACAGUUACAGUGUGGUACAGUAAUGCUCACUUCUCUGUUUUACAUGUUCCUUUUUGUAUUUGCAGAUGUUGAGAAAUAAAUCACUUUCGGAGUCA